UCACCAACGCCAAAAACCCUCAAACCCUUCUCUUUUCGCCAGAAGUUCUGCGGGAAACAGACUACGAUCCCUCUCGUGAGAUCUUCUGCCUCUGACUUACUCGUGAGUUUGCCCUAAAGAAUCAAGUAGCAUUUCGUGACCUCUGUCUAUGAUUUUGUAGAAUCAACAAGCUUCUUUCUCUCUCCCCCUCUCUCAGUGACUAUGCCUUUGUGAGAAAGAUAAUAGACCCUGUUUCUCUCCCUGUUACUCUGAAGGCCCGAACGAAGAGUGAAAUGCUUGGAAGGUGCGAUGCAGAAGUUGCUGCGUCCAAGCUCCUCUGCUCCUAUAAUCUGCACUGUGGGUAGCCCUACUUUGUCUCUCUGUCUUCCCACAGGAAUCCACAGCCUCGCGUUUCAGAAUCGUAAAUAUUCUCACUCCAUUGGCCCCUCAAGCGCCUUUCUCUCUCACUCUUCAUCACGGCUUCCUACAAUGGCUGCUGUUGCUUCAUCCGCUUUGUCUUUGGCUACGGCGCCUAUCAGUAAGGCACACUUUACUUUGAGCUCUGCUCUAUCGUCUGGCUACUUGGCCACUCUGCCUGCUUCUUCGAGGAGUUGCUCCAUCUGUAAGUACGCAAUCAACCAUAGGACGCUAUCUCGAGCAUGGGUUGUGGUUAAAAGUGAAAGGAGUGGGCCACGUGCUGCGUUGUUGCAUUCAGGUUCAGAUGGCUCUUCUCUCUCUGCUUCUGUUCAGGAAAGUUCGAAUUCAGAUGACUCUGUUUUCGGAGAUUCUAGGGAAGAGGGCAAAUGUACGGCUACAUUGUCUUCAUCGGAGGAGAAGCCCGUAAAAUUGAAUAGGCGGCCCAAGGGUUCUUCUAGCAGCAGCUGUGACAUAUCUUCAAAUCCGGAUUUAUUGACGAUUCCGGGUGUGGGUCCGAGAAAUUUGCGAAAGCUGGUAGAGAAGGGUUUUGCUGGAGUUGCCGAGCUCAAGCAACUCUAUAAAGAUAAGUUCUCUGGCAAGCCUAGUGACAAGAUGAUUGAGUAUCUACAGAGUUCUGUGGGAAUCAUCCACAGGAACCAUGCUGAAAGUAUUACUACUUUUAUCAAAAAGAGUGUGGAUGAAGAGUCAGAAGCUAAUUCCUCUGUGCAGUCACCACAGAAAAAUCGGAUUACAUUUUGUGUUGAGGGCAAUAUCAGUGUUGGCAAGACUACUUUUCUUCAGAGAAUAGCUAAUGAAACAAUUGAGUUGCGUGAUCUUGUUGAGGUGGUUCCUGAACCCAUUGACAAGUGGCAGGAUGUUGGACCUGACCACUUCAAUGUUCUGGAUGCUUUCUAUGCUGAGCCACAAAGAUAUGCGUACACCUUUCAGAACUAUGUAUUUGUCACAAGAGUUAUGCAGGAAAGAGAGUCUUCUGGUGGAAUCAAGCCUCUUCGGUUGAUGGAGAGGAGCGUUUUCAGUGACAGGAUGGUCUUUGUUCGAUCCGUUCAUGAGGCCAAUUGGAUGAAUGAAAUGGAGAUCAGCAUUUAUGACUCUUGGUUUGAUCCUGUUGUGUCUUGCUUGCCUGGGCUUAUCCCUGAUGGUUUUAUCUAUCUUAGAGCAAGUCCUGAUACUUGCCAUAAGAGGAUGAAGUUACGGAAGAGAGCAGAGGAAGGUGGAGUCACCCUAGAUUAUCUUUGUAGCCUCCAUGAAAAGCAUGAAAGCUGGUUAUUUCCCUCCCAAAGUGGCAAUCACGGAGUAUUAUCAAUCAGUAAACUGCCCUUGCACAUUGAUAACUCCUUACAUCCUGAUAUACAAGACCGUGUAUUUUAUCUUGAGGGUGAUCAUAUGCAUUCAAGCAUUCAGAAGGUUCCUGCAUUGGUCUUGGACUGUGAACCCAAUAUUGAUUUCAGCAAAGAUAUUGAAGCAAAGAGAGAAUAUGCACGCCAAGUUGCUGAGUUCUUUGAAUUUGUGAAGAAGAGAAAAGAGAAUACACCAAAGGAAGCUGGUGAGGUCAACAGAAAGAGCCAGCCACAGGUGCUGCUGCCCCAUAGUGGCGGCUUGUGGGUGCCAGACGGAAAGCAUUUUCCAUCGUCAGCACUCAAAUCUCUGGAAUUCAGACGAGCCAUGUCAUCGUUCGUUUCUGGCUAAUAGUGUGGCUUAGUGAGCUCCGUUGACCGUUUUCUAGCUUGGUUACAGAUUGUAGAUCUCCUAAUGACCCGUAGCUGACCUGUUCGUUUUUCUUGGAUGUGAAGACGUGGGACCUUGACUGGUUUAGAGAUAGUUUUUACUUGUUUGGUUGUAAUGCUUUGCUCUAUUACUCCGUGUAGAUUUGGGUCCCUUUGCCUGGAAAUGUGGUAAUUGUUGGAUAUUUCUGAAAGGAAAUAUGGUGUCUUCUUGGCCAUAUACCAUUAUCGCCUCGAACUUUUGUCUGUGUGAAACAGUUUAUAUACUGUAUGUACUUUAUAUUAGUAAAUGCAUAAUACUCCCUCUGAUCUCAAAUUUAUAAA